AUGGUGGCCAUCACCAACUCCGGUUCGCUCUCGCCUGAGACGAUGACAGUUACUAAAGCUGUCACUGGCGCCGCCGAGGCCGCCCACCCCACGGGUAACGGUGCUGAGACCAUGGCUGUUUCCCAGGUUAUCGCCGGCAGGACCGUGACAGUCACUGAGGCCAUCUACGUCAAGGCCGGUGCGACCCCUACAGCAGCUGUCAACGACGCCUUCACCUACGAGACCUCCAUCACAAAGACCAUCAUCGAGGGCACUCCCAGUGGUCUCGUGGCCGUCAUCCUGUCCGUAGGCCCCUCCGCAACAGUGGCCACCGUCACCGAGGAGGUCGUUGCCAACAAGACCGCCUCCAACCAAGGAAACGUCCAGACGGCCACAGUCCUGUCUCUUAUGACGAUCACUACCACCACCACAGCUACCAGCCGGUACACCACCGUCAUAGAGACCGUCACCGACCCUGCCAACCAGGUCAUCGUGGAGAUCAUCGUCAUGGACACGGAGACGGGGACAUCAAACCAUCACUACUACCUAUGCGGCAACUCUCCUGUUCACUCCUACGCCUACACCCACGCCCGGCACCCUCACCAGCACGGCUACGACGUUCACAUUCUCACCCUCAGUCUCAGCCAGUCUGCCACCUCCAACACGGCGGCUUUCUAG